UCUCUCUCUCUCUCUCUCUCUCUCUCUCGAUCGAAUGGCGCCGGUAGUAGGAGGAGGAGUUGCCGGAGAAACAUUCCACAAAGUGAACUUCGCCGCCCCAAGAAGCUUCGCGGCGGCGUUCAAGUCUGAUUUGAAGGAAACCCUCUUCCCAGACGAUCCAUUCCAUGACUUCAAAGGGAAGCCAUUGCCGAUAAAAGCCAAGAAAGCUUUACAGUAUUUCGUUCCGAUCUUCGAAUGGCUCCCUAAAUACACCCGCAAACUGUUCAUGUAUGAUCUUUUAGCCGGAAUCACCAUUGCCAGCCUCGCCAUUCCUCAAGGCAUCAGUUACGCUAAACUCGCUAACAUUCCCCCCAUCAUCGGUUUAUAUUCGAGCUUCGUUCCUCCUCUAAUCUACUCGGUGUUUGGAAGCUCAAAGCAUCUUGCUGUUGGAACAGUAGCUGCUAGUUCAUUGAUCAUAGCUGCAACCAUUGAAGCAAAAGUGAACCCAAUUGAAAACCCACAACUCUAUCUUAAUCUAGUCUUUACUGCUACACUCAUCUCCGGUGUAACUCAGUUGAUUCUUGGUGUUUUCCGGCUUGGAAUUUUGGUCGAUUUCUUGUCACAUUCUACGAUCACUGGCUUCAUGGGAGGGACAGCAACCCUUAUUUGCCUUCAACAAUUGAAAGGCAUUUUUGGUUUGAAGCAUUUUACUACGCAUACUGAUAUGGUAUCCGUUAUUCGUGUCAUCUUGAAGAAUAGAAAAGAGAUAAGAUGGGAAAGCACUGUAGUGGGUGUAGUUUUCCUCGUCUUUCUUCAAUUCACAAGAUUCGUGAAGCAAAAGAAACCCAAGCUAUUUUGGGUGUCAGCAAUAGCUCCCAUGGUGGUCGUGGUAACAGGAUGCGUCUUUGCUUAUGUAGCACAUGUUGAGAAACAUGGAAUUGCCAUUGUGGGUGACUUGAAAAAGGGAAUUAAUCCUUCCUCCCUCAAAAAUUUGGAUUUUGAUCCCAAAUAUCUAUCAGCGCCUAUACAAGCAGGACUCGUAACAGCCAUGAUUGCUCUUGCUGAAGGAAUAGCAAUCGGAAGAAGCUUUGCCAUAAUGGAAAAUCAGCAAAUUGAUGGAAACAAAGAGAUGAUAGCUUUUGGUCUCAUGAACAUUAUUGGAUCUUUCACUUCUUGCUACUUAACUACAGGACCAUUUUCAAAAACCGCAGUGAAUUACAACGCAGGGUGUAAAACACAAAUGGCAAAUGUAGUUAUGUCAAUAUGCAUGAUGCUUACAUUAUUCUUCUUAGCACCCCUCUUCAGUUACACUCCUCUUGUUGCCCUUUCUGCCAUUAUCAUGUCUGCAAUGCUUGGUCUUAUUGAAUAUGAUAAAGCUUAUCAUCUUUACAAAACCGAUAAGUUUGAUUUCAUCAUUUGCAUGGCUGCUUUCUUUGGUGUUGCCUUCAUUAGCAUGGACGUUGGCCUCAUGUUAUCGGUGGGUUUAGCGUUAUUGAGAGCACUUCUAUAUGUAGCUAGACCAGCAAGUUCAAAGCUUGGGAACAUACCUGACACUAGUGUAUAUCGAGAUAUGGAACAAUAUCCAGGAGCAAUUGACAUUCCUAAGACUCUAAUUUUACAACUUGGUUCUCCAAUUUACUUUGCGAAUUCAGGUUACUUGAGGGAAAGGAUUUUGAGAUGGGUUAGAGAUGAACAGGCCAAAAAAGCUUCUGAAGGAGAUGAUGUUGAGCAUGUUAUAUUAGAUUUUGGAGGUGUCACAUCUAUUGAUAUCACGGGCGUUGAAACUCUUGUUGAAAUUCGUAGAAGUUUAGAAGUCAAAGAUAUUAAGGUUGUCAUAGUGAAUCCAAGACUCGAGGUCAUGGAGAAGUUGAUUGUUACCAAAUUCAUAGACAAAAUUGGGAAAGAACGUGUGUUUCUAUCUAUUGAAGAUGCAAUUGAAGGGUGCAAUUUUUCACUCACACACCAAAAGGAUUGUGGUAGUGAAGAACGUUGACAAUAUAAGAAAACAUUUUACUCAUUUGUAUUGCGAGAAUAGGUGAAAAGAAGAUGUAUUGUAUUUAUCAUCUAUGUGGUUAACUGUAAAUGCAUGAACCGUUGUUGCGAUACAAAGUUUGUCUGG